AUGUUGCUGACAUCCUGGGUCUUCCGGGGCAGCUGCCUAAACGGGAUGAUCGACGAAUACGAUACGUUUUCUUACGAGAAACUCGGCGAUGUGCGCAACGAUGGUUUGAAGUCGCUGUCCGAUUGCGUACCCUCUCAGAACAGGGUGCCCGUAGUACUAUCAGAAGUUAAGUGUGACAGUGUCGACAGCGAGCGAAGAUUUAAGUGCGACUUAUGCGAUUAUCGGAGCAACGCGAAGGACAACCUGAAGAAACAUUCUCUGAGACACAAGAGUUUGGACGAGGUGCCGCGAUAUAAGUGCCACCAUUGCGAUUACGAAACUAAACGCAAAGGUGACUUGGUGGUGCACUUGAAACGACACCAGCAAAAACGAGAUCUGGGCGAGAAGAAUUUCAAGUGCGACUUGUGUGAUUACCGAUGUUACACUAAAGCGACUUUGAAUAAACACUCCGUGGUGCACAAAAAACCGGAGGAAGUGCCCAUGUACAAGUGCGACAGAUGCGAUUUUCGAUCCAAAUACAAGUCCGUUUUUAAGAGACAUAAUAAUACAGUGCACAAAAAUCCCGAGGAAGUGCAUCUAUAUAAUUGCGAGAGGUGCUAUUUUCAAACCAAAUACAAAGAGAGUUUCCUGCAACACAAAAGAUUACACCUGGGGAUCAGCAGGCAAACAUACAGGUGCCAAGUGUGCGAAUACCUAGGUUCCGAUGAUGUGAUCUUACAUAAGUGCAGCCGUUGUGAUUUUCAAACCAAAUACAAAAGGGCGUGGUUGUUGCACACGCAGCGACAUUUGGGCGACAACGGGAAAUCAUUCAAGUGCGACUUAUGUGAUUUCCGAUGUUAUACGAAAGUAAAUUUGAAGAUGCACUCCGUGGUGCACAAAAAUCCGGACGAAGUAUCUCUGUUCAGGUGCUACAAUUGCGAAUAUGAGACUAAAAUCAAAUAUCAUUUAGUGAAGCACUUGAAAGUGGCGCACAAAAACCCCGAGGAAGUGCGUCUAGGCACUCAAGGCGACAUGGAAAUGGCGACGAGAAAACAUAGUACGACGAACGUAGAUUUGAAGCAGCUGCCCGAUUGCGACCCCUCAGAAAAUAGGGUACUGUUAGUAGAGACCAAAAAGUGCAGCGGUGCCAACAGCGGGAGACCUAAGGGAAGCUUAGGAAAACGUUCUGUUGUGCUUCGUAAAAGUGCGUACGAAGUGCCCCCAUAUAAGUGCAACGACUGCGACUAUCUAACAAAUGUCAAUGGACAUUUGGCGGAUCACUCGAAACGGCACUCGGCGAAAAAUUUCAAGUGCCAUCUGUGUAAUUAUGCGGGCGUCAAAAAAUCCAAAUUAGAAAGACACUGUGCGGUGCAUAAAAAUACGGACGACGUGCCUUUAUAUAAGUGUCACAACUGCGUUUACCAAACCAAGUACAAAGAGAACUUGUUGAAACACAUCAAAAGACGGCACGUGGUGGGCGGGGAAAAAAUAUUCAAGUGCGAUUCGUGCAAUUACCGUUGCGCUGUUAUUUCUGAUUUGAAGCAACACGCCAUAGUUCAUAAAAAUCCACAAGAAGUGGCUCUACACAAGUGCGACGACUGCGCGUACCAAACGAAAUACAGAACGAGUUUUUUGUCGCACUUACGGCGGCGGCAUUCGGUCGUCACCGAGAGAAAAUUUGAGUGUCCCGCGUGUGAUUAUCGAUUCCUUACUAAUUUUGAAUUGAAGAAACACUCCUUGGUGCACAAAAAUGCGGACGAGGUGCGUCUACAUAAGUGCGACCACUGCCAUUACCAAACUAAACAUAAAAACUGCUUGGUGGAGCACGUCCAUCGGCGGCACUCUGCACUCAGCGAGAGGAAAUUCAAGUGCGAGUUGUGUGAUUAUCGAUGCGUUAGAAAGUCUUAUUUAAAAUCACAUUCCAUGGUGCACAAAAAUGAGGUGCCUCUCUACAAGUGCGACAAGUGCGACUUUCAAAGUAAAUACAAAAGCUGCUUGGUGAAGCACAUACAAGGGCAACACUAGGCCAUCGAGGAAAGACGACUCGAGUGCAAAUCCGCUUAAAGUACACUAAUUCAAUCUUCAAUUACACAGGUCUACAAAAUUAAACUUUUUGACAGAUGUUUUUAUUUUAAAAACUGAUUUUAUAUAAUUUUGGUAAGCUAAUUUCAAAAAUUCCAUGCAUUUAUUUGUAUGUAUUUGUAUGGUUUUUUUCCAAAUAUUAAAGGAAAAAAAUAUUUCUAAAAUAAUUUAUUUUUGGAGUGAAAUAUUCGUUUUUUUGCCAGAAAGCUGCGAUGUCCGAACAUCCGGCUGUGUGUUUUUAACGGCAUAUCCCGUUUUAACAUUCAGCAGUAGUCCGCCAUCAUCGUUAUGCUCCAUCUGCCUUGGUAUCGCCGUUCCAUUUCCUUAAUGUCCUAUUGAAACCUCUCUCCCUGUUCUUCGCUAACUGCUCCAAGAGUUCAAGUGCCAAAACAGGCAAUGCACUUUCAAACUCAUAUUACAACGUAGACAAUACUUUCGUAGUUUUCGUUCUUGGAGUUCCCAAGAAACUUACCAAUUACUUCUUUAAAUGAAACCUAGGCGUUUUUCUCGACAUUGGUCAUUGUGCUUUGAAAAUCCUUGUCUUUGCAUAAUGUUCUUAUGUGCGGCCUUCUUUUAUCUUGUUAUUUUUGUCAACAAACUACUUCAUCAAGCCAAGUUGGAUAUGAAGAUGAGGCAGUAAGACUUUUUUGGUGUCAACUAAUCUACCUCUUAAUACAUUUUUGCUACCAGGUGUAAAGUUUGUUCUAGAGGACCAUUCUACUUGAGUCUAAUAUCUAUCUCUUGCCCGACUAUUCCACUCACAAAUAAAGCAUGAAAAUUUUGUAUAACCCCCCUGUUUUCCUAGGAGCAAGCACAGCACUUUAACGUCACCACAUUAAUGUUCUCGGUGGCUUAUUUUCUUCAAAAGAUGUUCUAAAUUUUCAAACGUUUCUUUUAAAUGUACCGAAUGUGCAACGGGAACCGAGGCCGGUUCGUUACCAUUGUACAAUACAACGGCUUUUAAACUACUUAAGUCAAUAAACAUGCGCCAUUCAUCUUUUUCGCAAUCCCGAUAAAAGCUUUAUGUGACGCCAGAUACCAGUAAAUGCUUGUCACGAAGUCUGGACGCUAUCAAUUCGGAUGCAGCAUUUGGAAGGUGCAAAUCUCUAAUUACAUUAUUUAAUUCGCUCUGUUUAAACACUUCGGGCCAUCCGAAAUCUGGUAUGAGAUCUGAGUGAUCUGGGUCGGAAUUAGAUUCCUCUGAUUCGAAUGAUAUGACGUUUUCUAGUUGUUUUGAGGCGGUAGGUAUCGAUACACCUAGGACUCAAAAUUGGGAUACACACUUUAUUUCUUAUUUUUUCUGUUGAAUCCUUGAACAAUUCACGAACAAAAAUAACAAUCGUUACUGUGAUGCCCAGGCUCUCGCCAUGCCAUAGGAACACCAAAACUUAAACAUUUCUUCUUACCUUUUUGCCAGUUUCAACGCAAACGGAAAAAACAGUAUGAGGAAACGCAGGACUUGGCUUGGCCGCCAAUUUUUACAUCAAGAUAAGCGACAUUUUUUAAAAUAGACAAAAGUUAUUUGGAUUGUUCACACAAUGUCUUCUUUCCAUAUUUAUACGUUCUACCCAACAACGAAGACAACAGCCGCAAACACAGUAGCACGACUACCAAUACAACCAAACUGCGCAUAAGCAGGUUACAACGCUGAAUUGAUACUUCUACUGUAUCGCUUUGCAUAGAAAUUGAAUAUUAUCCAGUGU